AUGCAGCCUUACUAUGUGGUCGAUGCCAAUCCAGUGGACUCAUUCCUGUUCUGGCUCCCUCUAAUAAAGGCCUUCUCGAGGCCUGCGCCUUCGAUCAGGAUUCCUUUUUGUUUGAUUUAUCUCGUUGCCCUCUUAUGCGAGUGGUUGGCCGUCUGGCUUCACAUCCCACCAGUAAUGAACAGAUUGGAGGUGAAUUUACUAGGGAUAACGAACACAUAUUCAAUUGAAGGUGCGAUUAAGGAUUUCGACUACAAGCCCACAAAAAAUCACGAUUUGACCGAGGUAUUUUUCUUUCAAUGGUUUUGU